UAACAUGAAUUCGUUUGUAUGAAAAACUUUAUCGAUAACGAGAUAAAGUUAUCACUGCGCCACAAAAAAAAAGAUACGUACUCGUGUUAUUACUACAGAGUAUUUAGCAAGUAACGAUAUAAAAAAAUAAUAGAUUAGCGUUUCGCAAUAACUGGUUUUUACUUUAUCUUUAAAAUUUUAAUUUGAUUCUGAAGAAUAAGGCGAAGGACUACAGAAAUAUGUAACGAUUUCGUACAAAAAAUAAGCGAUAACGUAUCUCCCGAUUAGUUGGUAUAUUUUAAAUGAGUAAUCUGAGAUAUUCUAGCUCGAAUUCUUGGCUUUAUCGUAUCCACCUAGCAGCUACCUGCUGAGGUUGGUUAAAAACCCUCGGGGAAAGUAUGUGGUAGGUAAGGGACUACGUGUGUCACGUGACAGUAGGCGAUAAAGGAUCCAUGGCUGGACCCUGAAUCCGGUUCACGGAUGCUUCUUUGGGGACCGCGUUCACAUGUGGGUGUUUGCGUGUUUGCGUCUGUGUGUGCGUGCGUGGGUCCUACCGAGGUCUAAGCUCGAGCAGGCCAGACACCACACCACCAGCCAUGCUAUUUCCAACGAUCUUUGUGGGGGCAGUCCGGUGGCGGUCGCUGCGCUUUGAAGAGGCACAUGGUUUCGAGUUCCGCUUCGUAAGCAGAUGCCGGUGGUGCCGAGGACCCGCGUUUCGUUUAGUCUCACGCUCCCUUCUUUCGCGCUUUUACGCUUACGAUCCUUGUGAAAUUCGUCUGUGACGGCUCUCGGCGCGCACUCCACGAUUUGUUCUCCUCGCAGGAUUUCCGGACGAGUAUCGAUGGAGUAAAAGGCAUUCGGGUAAGUUUGACGAAUGCGCCUCGAACUUGCUUUUCGAGAUAACGAUGGAUCGUCUGGGAUUCCGAUGCGAAAUUGCUUCGAGCCUCAGAAAUGCUUUCAGCUUAUAUUUCUAUAUCCGAAUAAAAUAAUUUAAUACAGAAUUUAUAUAAAAUAUACCUUGUACGCAUAAAAUUAAUAUAAAUUAAGUAUAAAAUCUUCCGAAUUAAUUAUUUAGGUCAACGAUAAAUAUCUACCGUUACGAAAAUUUUUAUCGUAAAACUAUUUGUCUGUUUAUAAAGAGUUUUUAUUGAUGGUUACAUUGUUUAUGAAGAGGUUUAUUAACAUUUUAUUAUUGCUGUUUGGAAGCACGUUGCAAACACUUGAUUAAUCUUCUGCUAACAAUAACAUUUUACAAACAUUUAGAAAACUUUCAUAACAUAACUAUAAACUAUUUAACUAUGAACAGUUACAAGUUUAAAUUUCUAUCUCAUGAACAAUUCAAUAAAAAAAUUUCUUUAAAACUUCUUUGAUAACUUAAUUGAUUUAGUCUACUCAACACUGAAGCAUAUAUUUUAUAAACGUAUUAUUUUCGUCAGGAUAACUGACAAGCGUUUAUAAUUUUAACCGGUUAAAAAUAAAUUUAAAGAUAAAGGAUUACGUUGCCUUGCCCUAAAUAGAUGGAAAAAUUUUAUCUUUAUUUAAUUUUGAUACGUAGGUGUAUAAAAAAAUAAUAAAAUUUGAAUUAUUUUAUAAUUUUAAAAUAGAAUUUCUCAAAAACAACAAUGCUCAAAAAAGAAAAUGAAACAGUCAGAAGAACAGAUAAGCGUAAUUGAUAAAUGACAAACGAUAAUAACUAGUACAAACGAUUUACUGAUAUGGAGACUUGAUUUUUAUUUCUGAUAAAAUUGUUAGCUUCCGUAAAAUGCGAUAACCAUGUAACUACGAGUUAUAUUUAGCUAUAUUUUUCGAACCAUUGUAUUGUGCGGCACAAGCAAAGCGAAAAAAAUCGCUGAUGAUCGUUUGCAUUAUUAAAUUUCAAAAGUCAGUGUCUUUCGGAAGAAUAUCGAUUAAUUUGCAUAAAUUGCACAUUGAUUGUUACGAAAGGAAGAAGGCGAUUGUCUCAAAUAAAAAAGAAUUAAAAUCUUUUAAAAAGAAUCUGAAUAAAAAUAAUGAUCCGAGUAUUAAUUAUAAUUCACGAAAAGAAGAAAAAUCAGAAUCUCUAGAACCACAAAGUUUUCGAUUUGCAAUAAAUACAAAUUUAUAUCGUUCAGAGGAAGAAGCAAUUUGCUCUUCGUUCAGACAUUUGUGAGAAAAUUCAUUUGAUUCCUUUGAUCGCGAAAGGACGCCGAUUGGAUGAAGUUCCUUCUGUUUUUCAAAAUUGAAAAAAGAGACGAUUCGCGCGGCUUGACGUUAAGGAGAGUUUCGGAUUCAGACAUAACAAUAUCGGAAUUAUCGGGCGGGGGAUUAUCGGCGAGCGAGACGGAAAAAUCGGAAAGAUCGUGGCGGCGGGGGUCUUUCCUCCCUGCAAACGGAGUGCGGUGGAGAAUAUAAAAAAAAAAAGAGAGAGAGAAGAAUCGAGCGUGUCGUGGGGCGUUGUAUUUGAUUAAUAAAGUGGCCGCGAAAGAGUGCACUCUUCUCGAACGAGUGGACUCUAGCCUGUUAUCAGUGAUAUCAACUACCAGAGAGCGGUGACAAGCAGCCCGGGCGGAAGGCCUCUCAACGAGCGCGGUUGAGUUGGGCAAUGAUUAUCGAAAGCGCACAAGCCGACAACAACGAACGGCGAACGACAUUAACACCGACGUAACGUUUUUACAAACAGUCAUCGGGAGACCCGCGAGCUGAUACAAUAUAUCGCGCGCGCUGUAUUAUCGCGAUAGAUUAUCAGAUCAUCCGCGAUCAGCAGCGAGUGUUUUGUAAAUCUUCUCUUUGUACUAUCUUGGACCCUGUGUGUAUGUAUGUGUGUGUAUGUGUGUGCGCGCGCGUAAAAACCCCGAUGCCCGACAAGAGACAAAGAGCAUGUGACGUCUCGCGAGGUCUUUUUGCGGUAAUUUCCGCUCCGGAUUAACGGAUAUUAAUGUACGUUAAUUUAAUGUAUCGACGGUAUCAGUGCCGCUGUACAAUGUACAGAGUGUGCGGCAACAGGUGGGAGGAAAUUUGAAGAGUAAUUCUAGAGGAUAAAACAAGACAAAAAUUAAAGAUAACAAAAUUGCGAUUAAGGAUGAUUAAUAUUCACGAGUUUUACGCGUAUUUUUUUUACGGGAAUAUUUAAGAUUACAAAAUCGGGAAUAAUAAAAUUUCGUUGGAGUCUUUGUUCUUUCAAUCAUAAUGUCUAAAUCUAAAUUUACAUUUAACAAUAGGCAAUUUUUUGACGCACUGAGAAAAAAGUUUUAAAUGUGACUAAAUUUGUCGACAUGAUUAAAUUUCUUCAAGCAUUUAUGUAUUUUAGUCAAAUAUAUAAAUGCUUAAAUUGAAGUUCAAGUAUUUUAUGUAUUUAAAUUAAAUGCAUAAAUACUUGAACUGUAGAAAUUUAAAGUUGAAAACUUUCGUCAAACUAACAUUUUUUUCUCAGUACGUGAAUAUUCAAGGAUUUACAAUUAAAAAACUAAGCCUUAAUCGCAAUCUUGUUAUUUAUUUUCGCUCUUUAAAUUUUCUUCCACUUGUUGCCGAACACUCUGUAUAAUAUGUAAUUUUAAUUAGCGCAAUGCGUAAUGGUAGAUUACGAGUCAUUUAAUACAAUUUCAAAAUUUUCAUUUUCCCAUAAAUCUCAAAUCCAAAUCCAAAUAGAAGUAAUCGUUCGCUCAUUAAUGUGAAAAUAUAUGCGGUGCAAAAGAGGCUUUCGAAAAAACAAGUUUCCAAGAAAUGUGGAUGCAUCCUUGAACAAUGACGCGUGUGAGAUCCUUCAGACGGGGCGUGAAAGGAAACAGAUAUGACCACUGUAAAUCACGGCUUUCCAAAUCACUUCCGCUCUGUGUUAACCGGGAUGCGCUUCAUUUUAAUAGAAAUCCUCGUCUGUUGCGCCAGCGACGAUACUUGAAAAUGUAUCAUUGCCUCGUGAUUUGCUCCAAGAGAAAAUUGUGCUCAAAGUCGCGUAAAAGUUUUCGUACUUUGAAAUGGAAAUACUCCUUAUUCUCAAGCUAAAAUUGAAAAAAAAAGCAGUUAAAAACAAUUUUUCUUUCUAUCUUUACGAGUUUUUUGCUUUUAAGAAAAUGUCAUGUUAGUCUCAAAAUUUCUUUUACAUUUAAUAGAUCUAGUAAGAUAAACAAUACAUCAAUAAAGUCGGCUGUCAUUAUUUUCCAUAUUUAUUAUUUUUAUACUUUUUGAAAAAUUAAGAAUUAAAACUUUAUUUUGCUGUAUUUUUCGAAAAAAAAGAUGGUUAAAAAACUUGGUUCUUUCCGCGAUUUUAUUUUUCUAGAAGAUCAAAGGACAUAAAACGGGACUGAUUUCGCUGCUGAUUUCUGGUCCUCGUGUUAAGAUAUUUCGCGACGCUUGGGACAUGCGUGAUCAGUUUUGCUCUGUUUGCAGCGUUCAUUAGAACAUGAUCGUUGAAAAACGCCUGAUAUUGCUCGUUCUCACUCUCCGCUUCCUCUUCGCGCUCUGCAACGAUGACGCACCUACGUCGAGAGAGCCAACGGUCUCCUUGUCGACGAGAUCGCAUUACGAUUCCGAAGAUUCGACGCAAGAUCUCGAGAUGUUCUAUGACUUCGGAUCUACGGAGAGUAAUUUCACGGAGAUCGAUGAGACGACGACUUCCUACAACGAAUUUACCACCGAACCCCUGACGAAUGUUUUCCCGUCGAUCAGUGGCGAGUCCUCAUUAUCCACGACUACCAUUACUGUGCCCGACAUCACUGAUAGUACUACUAUCAAUCCGACAAUCUGCGAUUCGUCGUGGCCAGUAAACGCAAGCGCGGAUACAAGAGAGGUAGUUGACUUGAGGACGGACGAUAGAGGCACAGAAUGGAUUGCUCUCUCAUGGAAAUCCCCAUGCAAUGUGACGAACAUCGACAUCCCGGUUAUAUACUCCAUCGAGAUAUGUGACGGUAAAAACUGCGCUCCCGAAAUAAAUGAGACUGAUACCAAAUAUAACGCUACCGAACUCGAACCGUGCACGCAGUACACGUUUAAGGUGAAAAUCCUCACCGAAUCCUGGAAGUCCAAUUCUGGAGUCUCUCUGGCAAACACGACGAGUUACGACAGUGAGUGCACAAUUGACUUGUUAAGUAUAUGAAUCGGCUCCUAAACGCUCAAUAAUAUUGUACAAUAUUCCUCCAGACUAGGAUUUCCUGUCUUAUGUGAAAUGCAAUCCACUUUUUAAAUAUUUGCGAUUCAUCUUUAAGAAUUAUGAAAAA